AAAGGCGGAAGUAGUUCCUGAACCCGAAGCACUUCGGGUUAGUCUGCACUCCCCACUGAAGUCCCCUCCUGCGGUCCGCAUUUUCAUUCAUAAAUUACCUCCCACGGUCGCACCAGUUGCCCCACCAUCACCACCAAGAUGCCUCUGGAGUUUGAGCUGUGUCCCGGGCGGCCGAUCGGAGGGAACCAUCCGUGCUUCAUCAUAGCUGAGAUUGGACAGAACCACCAGGGAGACAUCGAGAUCGCCAAGAAAAUGAUUAAAAUGGCAAAGGACUGCGGUGCUGACUGUGCCAAAUUCCAGAAGAGCGAGCUGGAGUACAAGUUCAACAAGCGAGCCUUGGAGCGUCCCUACACCUCCAAGAACUCCUGGGGGAAAACUUAUGGCGAGCACAAGCGGCACCUAGAGUUCAACCAUGAGCAGUACAAGGAGCUGCAGAAAUACGCUGCAGAAGUGGGGAUCUUCUUCACCGCCUCAGGGAUGGACGAGAUGGCAGUGGAGUUUCUCCACGAGCUCAACGUGCCUUUCUUCAAAGUUGGGUCCGGAGACACCAACAACUUUCCUUACCUGGAGAAAACAGCGAAGAAGGGCCGUCCCAUGGUGGUCUCCAGUGGGAUGCAGUCGAUGGAGACAAUGCGCCGGGUCUACCAAACGGUGAAGCAGCACAAUAAAAACUUCGCCAUCCUGCAGUGCACCAGUGCGUACCCUCUGGAGGCUGAAGAUGUCAACCUCAAAGUGAUCACAGAAUACCAGAAGGAAUUUCCCGAUAUUCCCAUUGGGUAUUCUGGUCACGAGUCUGGAAUCAGUAUCUCUGUGGCAGCCGUGGCUCUGGGAGCGAAGGUCAUUGAGCGUCACAUAACCUUGGACAAGAAGUGGAAAGGAAGCGACCACGAGGCCUCACUGGAACCCUCCGAACUGACUGAGCUCGUUCGCUCCAUUCGUCUGGUGGAGAGGGCGAUCGGAAGUGGCAUCAAGCAGAUGUUGCCCUGCGAGAAAGCGUGCCAUGACAAAUUGGGCAAAUCUGUGGUGGCUAAGGUGAAGAUCCCCAAAGGAACAGUCCUGACUCUGGACAUGUUGGCGGUGAAGGUAGCCGAGCCAAUGGGUGUCCCGGCUCAGGACAUCUUCAAGCUGGUUGGGAAGACCGUGACCGAGGAGGUGGACGAGGACGAGAGCGUCCUGCCUGAAGUGGUGGACAGCUACGGCAAGAAGGCCAAGUGUUAAUCACAGAAGAAAGUUGAAGUUUGUUGAAAAUAAACAGGCACUUAAUUUCAAGAGGUGUUGCUUAUUUUUAAAGGGAUAAUCUGGAUGUCGACAUUUUUAAGUAUGAGGGUAAUUUUUACUCUGUGGGUGAGUUUGUGCCAUUUACCUCAAAAAUGAUCCGCAAUUAGCCAAAUGGUUGGAAAGUGGACUGAAACGGCUUAACUCUUUGAUAAAUGACUCGUAUUGUUCUUUAUAAAAAAAAAAAAAAAAUCAUUACAUUUUCAGAAUGUGGCCUUAACAUGACACUUUUACUGACAAACUUCAUCUCUGUUAAUGCUUUUCUAAGCUGCACAACCAGCAGGUGGAGCUGUUAGGAAAAACAUUCUUUGCGCUGAACCUUAACCCUCCACUGCAAGGAGAAACAAAAACUGAACACAUGGGAGAUGGAGACGCUUUGAUCAUUUCAUUCAGACCGGUGAGAUCAGAGCCCGUUAGCCCAGCAGCCAUUGUACUGUUUAUGCAGCCGUUCACUGGGCUGUUCAGGGUGUAACCACAAGAUAAACACCUUCAAACCUGAUUUCUGUUUUUCUUUCGGUCGGUGUAUCCUUGGUUCUGCUGCCAUAAGUUCCAGGCUUAGAGCAUUCUUCCCACAUUAACUCAUGUGUUUUUGCCACGUUUGUUAUCUGAGUUGUGACGUUCUAAAAGGAAAACCUUCAAAUAAAAUAAUUAUAAAAUGUU